GUUUACGGCGGCUGCAAGAGCAUGUUUGGCGGCGUCUAGGUCUAGGAGCGUGGUGUUGUUCAUUUCGUUUUGGGCAGAACCUCCCUCAGCCUCAACUAGGCCAGUUAGGUAGUAUGGCCCCACAUGCGAUUGGAGAGAAAGACGCAGCCUAUAGAAGACUUGCAUUGCAGCAUGGACAUAACCACAAGCGAGAUCUCGUUGAAAUACGAGCUGUGUGCUGCGCGGGGGCGGCUCCGCCACGUAGAUACCUAGCGAUG